AGUGGUACAAGAAAAACAUACUACUCCAGAUCUUCUUCAUCUUUGGAAAAUACCCACUGGUUUAAUUCUUGAGAAAUUUACUGUCUCGUCCAUACAAGUGCUAGUGUUACAAGAAAAACAUACUACUUCAGAUCUUCUUCAUUUCUGGAAAAUACCCAAUGGUUUCAUUCUUGAGAUGAUUUGCUAGCUCACAACACAAUAUGGCAAUGAUGGUGAUGGAGAUCGUUGAGAGUGGGAACAGAUAUAUUUUUGUUGAGGAAACUCCAUCACAAUAUGGUGGACUAAGCAAAGGAGACUUUGAAGCAGCUGAUAGUGUGAAUGAGAUUAUUGUGAAACCUUCAACUCAACACAUUGUUGAAUUUUCUAGCAAUCAGCACGGAAGAAAAGUCGGUUGUUGGAUGGAUGCUUUGCAUUCGCAAAAGUAUUGGAGUGUUGUUUUUUUUUCAGCUAUACUUGUGGAGUUGCUGGUUAUAUUGAAUCAGAAGACAAAUAGAUUGUUGUAAUCUUAUUUGAACUGCUACGACUAAGUACAUGACAUUGAUUACAUAUUUACAUGUAAGAAAUUGUAAUUCAUUAUUUUAGCUUUCACUACCAACUAGAACAAAAAUGUGACUGAGAUAAUCUGUUCAAUAUUUUUUUCCAA